CAAAAAUCGACGAAACAAACAUGUGUUCGAUUCAGAAAAAAAUACUUUGAAAAAUAAACGAUGUCAUCAAAAAAUUUAAGAAAUAAAUCACGCCAAAGAAGAGAUAAUAAUGUUGACAACGACAACGACGACAAUGAUGAUGAUCAGAUGACAAGCAAUGUUGUUUUGAAUCAAUAUCCCGAUGAUGAUGAGGCUCAAGAUGAUGACGACGACGAUGACGACAAUGAUAAUUUUGAAUUGAAUCUAAAAAUUGCCAUGUGGGAUCUUCGUCAUUGUAAUCCAAAACGUUGUACUGGACGUAAAUUAGUACGAAUGAAACUAUGUCGUUGUUUGAAAUUAGGACAAAAAUUCAGCGGUAUCGUUCUGACACCAAUAGCUACACGUUGUGUAUCACCUUCAGAUCGUCAUAUUGUCGACAGCGAUGGUAUUGCCGUUGUUGAUUGUUCAUGGAAUCGUAUCGAUACAACACCAUUUCAUAAAAUGAAAGGAAAAAAUUUACGUCUUUUACCAUUCAUGGUGGCUGCAAAUCCUGUAAAUUAUGGUACACCAUGUAAAUUAUCAUGUGUUGAAGCUAUUGCUGCUACACUUUGGAUUACUGGACAUGUGGAUUAUGCAAAAUAUUAUCUUGGAAAAUUUAAAUGGGGACCAGGAUUUGAGAAAUUAAAUUCUGAUUUAUUACAACAAUAUUCAAUAUGUGAAAAUUCCGAACAAAUUAUUCAGAUACAAACAAAAGCAAUGGACGACGAAAAUCAAAUUUCAGAACAAACAAGAAAUCUAGAUUUACCACCAUCAGAAAGUAGUAGUAGCGAUGAUAAUGGUGAAUGAUGAUUAAAUGAAUGAAUGUAAAUGAAAUAUGCAUACAAUUUAUAAAUUUACAUUAAAU